AUGCUUCUAGAUUCAGCAUCACUGUACUCUCAGGAGGAGUCAACAAGGCCAUCUACCUCUACAGUGCCAUCAGAUUCUUCCUCUACAGCAUUGGGUUCAUCGUCUGACUCAAGGCAUAUUCAAUGCGCAAUAAAUCUUGCCACGAUUGUUAAUCAACAAGCUCUUCUCCCUUCAGCAAAGAUGUAUUCUUCACAGCAACAACAAACUUCACUACAGUCCAGUGGAACCACCGUUGAUAAUAGUAAGUCUUAUCAGCGCAACUCCGAAACGGGCAUUCAAAGAAGCAAUUAUGGGAUUGUUACAGCUCGAAGUCAAAGCCGCUCGUCAGAAGAGGGUUCCGGAUCUGGUGGCUUAACUCCUUCUAACUCAUCACAGCAAUCAGGAGGUGCGCAACCGGCUCAACAAACUCAAAUGCCUCCAAUGGGACAACUAGGAGUAGCGCUGCAACAAGCCACCGGAAUAGAGGCUCCACCAUCCAGUUUUCCUUUUAACAAUUCCGACUUAUUCUCAUCAUUUCCAACGAAUCACAACUUACUGCAGUAUCAGAUGAGACCAGAACUGAUGGGUCUUUCUGGAUUUCGAGCUACCAAUGGUGCAUCCGUAAACACGGUUUAG